ACAUCAACAUGCAAGGCCACCUAAGAGUAUUGCCGGCCAGAACCAGAGAUGUCUCCACCACCAAAACUCCUACUAAAACCCCAAAGAAAACCCCUCUAAUACAGACUGAGCCAAAGGAUACAACCAUAGAAAUGCAAACAUAGCAAUCUAUUAACGGGAGCAGAAGGAGAUGAGAGGCUUCAGAUUUGAAGGAGGUAGGCAUUUCACUAUAAAGUCAAAUCUAGCUAACCACAGGCUGAAGAGCAAAGGAAAGUUUGCAUGCAUGACCUUCCCAUCCCACUAUCAGCCAAAAAUGAGCAAGGAACCACCGAGCAACUUUCCAUGGAGGGCAUCACCGAGCCACGACAAAGUGCCCAGAGUAGAGCCCUUGACUAUCUUUAGCCUUAAGAGUCAGCCGAGAAACAAUAGAGCGCAUGACUCUAAGAAUGCUCCAAAUUGCCUAAAGAUGUAAACCCCACCGCAGUAAAAUGAGAAAAAUCAUUUUCUAUCGCGUUGAUUUGAUCUAUUAUAAUAGUUAAAUGGUGUUUUUAAAAAAAAAAUUAAAGACUUAUAUAACUAUUGACUCAUAUUUUAAGGAUUAAAGUAGAGUUUUGCCUUUAAAUUGCCAGCCACACAUUUCAGAGUCACCAGUGGCCUUUAAAUUGCCAGCCACACAUUUCAGAGUCACCAGUGGACUCACUGUUUAUGAAGUCUUCCUCGGUCGAUAAUGUAAUUUGCAAGAACAUUCCCUUCUCCACAGCUUCCUUAAUAUUCCUUUCUCGAGAAAAAAAAAAAAAACCUUCCUUAAUAUUCCUCCAGACCGGCAGCGAUCCUCCUUCUUCUCUCCUAAGGCUUUCCCCUUCUAUACGGAAUCUGUUAAUUUUCACAGCUAUUAGUGGAAAGGUUUUCGCUCUUGUUUCUUCUCUCACAUAGCCCUCCAUCCUUCUUUGAAGUGGCGUAAUUAGGGAAGAGUCGAAAAUAGGUGAACAUAGUAGGCCAAGAUGGUCUCAAUGGCAGUUGACCAUGUGAUUGAAACCAUAGUGUCUGCUCUUCAAAAGGAAGCAACAUUGUUAGUAGGCAUCAAAUAUGAACUUGAUGAAAUCAGGAAAGAACUUGUAAGCAUGAAAUCUUUCCUACAGGAUGCUGCGAGAAAGCAAGUUAUGUCAAAAGGAGAGGAGACAUGGGUUGCAGAGGUGAGGGACAUCGCACACCAAAUAGAAGACCUCAUUGAUGAGUACAUGUAUUACGUGUAUCGGAAACAAUAUUCCACAGUCGUCCAUCGAAUUUUUCGUACUCCAAAAUCUCUAUUGGAGAAGCACAAGAUUGCCUCCAAGCUACGACAGAUCAAUAAAAACAUCAUAGGCAUGGAUGAGAGAAGAAAAAGAUUUGGAAAUGAUCGUAUAGAAGGUUCCAAUGACCACUAUGAUUCGCCAUUGUACCCAAGGGAUUUAGCAGUUUUUGUGAAAGAAGAUGAUGUUGUAGGGUUUGUAGAUGAAAGUCGGUUGUUGAAAACAUGGUUAAUGGACAACAAAAAGCAUCAAACACUUAUUGCAGUGGUUGGAAUGGGAGGAUCUGGUAAGACAACUAUAAUUGCUAAGACCUACAACAAUGAAACUGUGAAAUCCUAUUUUGACUGCUAUGCAUGGAUUACUGUCUCUCAGACAUAUACGAGAGAUGAUUUGCUCAGAAAGUUAAUCAAAGAAUGCCACGGAUCAAGGAAGGAACAAGUCCCUAAUGAUUUGUGUUCAAAGGGCUUCAAAGACCUCGUAGAAUUUCUUAUGGGUUAUUUGAAGCACAAAGCAUACUUAGUUGUCUUGGAUGAUGUGUGGGAUAUAAGUUUAUGGGAAAACAUAAAGGCAUCACUUCCCAAUAAUCAAUUUGGAAGUCGGAUCAUAUUUACAACUCGAAAUGCAGAUGUGGGAUCUUUUUCUUCUGAUGUUAGAACUCACAAGCUCACUAUUAACCCGUUGAAGAAGGAAGAAGCUUGGGAUCUUUUUUGCAUGAAGGCAUUCUUACAUUAUCCUGAUAAAUCUUGUCCAAAAGAGCUUAAACCUCUGGCAUUAGAACUGGUGAAAAAAUGCGAUGGACUUCCUCUUGCAAUUGUGGCUUUGGGUGGUCUCAUGUGUUCCAAAAAGUCAACGAGUGAGUGGAGUAGUGUUCGUGACAACUUGAAUUGGCAACUAAACAAUAAUCCAAGGCUAGAAAUAGUCAAGAGCAUUUUGUUGCUUAGUUUCAAUUACUUGCCAUCCCCACUUGAGUAUUGUUUCUUGUAUUGUUGCCUUUUCCCAGAAGACUAUAAAGUUCGACGAAAAAGGGUCAUUAGACUGUGGAUAGCGGAAGGAUUUGUUCAAAAUGUUGAAAGAGCUACACCACUUGAAGUGGCAGAAAGCUAUUUCAUGGAACUCACACUCCGGAGCAUGCUUCAAGUUGAAAGCCGAAAUGCAUGUGGGAGACCAAAUGCUUGUAAGAUGCAUGAUCUUUUGCGUGAAAUUGGCAUAUCAAUAUUGGAGAGAGAGAAGUUUGGUGUUGUAUAUGAUGGAAAAGUAAAGAUUAACGAAUACCAACUUCAUCAAGCUCGCCGCAUAUCUAUCCAAACAAAUGAUGGGGACCUUCAAUUGUCUGGCAAUAUGUCAUAUCUUCGUUCACUACUUGUGUUUGUGGAUUGUUCUGUAUCUUUCUCGAAAACAUCAUUGUCAAACUUGAAAUUAAUGAGGUCUUUAGAUUUGGAAAAUGUCGCAAUUGAUGUAUUACCAGAAGAGUUGGGGACUCUAUUCAACUUAAGGUACUUGAACUUGAGAGGAACUCAGGUGGCAAAACUUCCCAAAUCUAUCAGAAAACUCGGAAAUCUUGAGAGUUUAGACAUUAGAGAAACAAAUGUAAAAGAACUUCCGAGUGAAGUAGCUGAGUUGCAGAACUUGUAUCAUCUAACUAUGUUGAGCAAGAAGAUUGCAAAUACGGACUUCGGAGAUUUUCUAUUAUGUAGUGGAGUGCAAGUACCAUUUGAAAUUAGCAAAUUGAAGAAACUGCAAGUCUUGUACUAUAUUGAAGCCAAAAGCAAUAUAAUAAGACAACUACGGAGUAUGACCCAACUAAGAAGAAUGGGCAUUUCAAAUUUGAGGGAAGCAGAUGAACAUGACCUGUGCUCUUCAAUCCAGAACUUGAAACUACUACGAACCUUGCGUCUCUGUGUAAAUAAUGAAGCAGAGUUCCUUCCAAUGGAUGCAUUGGAAACUCCCCCACCCCAACUUCAAAACCUUAGUUUAGGCGGAAAACUGAAAAGGGUACCACAUUGGUUUCACUCACUUCAAAACCUAACAGUGUUAUGGUUGCAUUGGUCUAGACUGAAGGAAGAUCUACUCCCUCAAGUUGCCGCACUACCUAAUUUGGGAUGUCUUUAUCUAAUUAAUUCCUUCGUGGGAGAAAGUCUACAUUUCUACAGUGGCUUUGAUAAGCUUAAAGAGUUAUUGUUGGUUAAUUUUCCUCAGCUGAAAGGAAUAAUUAUAGAGAAGGGAGUUAUGCCAGAUAUUCAAAAAUUGUGGAUCGAUUCUUGCUUUGCGUUAAAUGCAGUGCCUCAAGGUAUUGAAUUCCUUAUCAAUCUUCAAACUUUGUGGUUAUCAAACUUUUCUUCAAGGCUUAUAGAUGUAGAAAGCAUAGAUCAUUCAAAGUUGCAACACAUCCCAAAUGUCAAGAUCAUGGAGCAUAGAGGUGAGCUUCCACAAACACAAACACAUAAAAUUCUAAUCAAAGAAAGUCUGUGUCCUUAUUCUAACAAUUUAAAGUAACAUCUUAGACUGAGCAUAAAAACUGUAAUGAAGGAUUCUAUGUGGGGUUUUCUGAUUUCUAAUAAAUUCAGCUUAGUACGCUGAAAGAAUAAGUUUAUUUAU